AAUUGGCCUUUUAUUAUUAUCAUUAUUUAACUCACAGUUCUGGAUGAAACAGAUAUCAUGUUAUAUCAAUAACUUCAAUCUUCAUUUCAUCGUCAUCUUCCAACUCUAUAGCCAAACAUCUCUCAUUAAUCUUCAUUUAACUUGUUGCUUCUCAACCCCAUCAUUAAAUCAUCAUCAUCUUCUCAUCUUUUCUCCCUGUUGAUUGUUACAAUUGUAUUUAGUUUUUUCGUAACCAGUGAUCAUUGACAAUUAACCAGAAAAAAAGCAACAUUCAAAAUAUACACUUUUGUGUCACUCCAACAUUAACCAGUAACUUAACCAGUAACAGUGAAAACAGUAGCCGAUAACUUAUAACAAGUCAAUGCAACAACACUAACCGUCAUCUCUAAUUGUUACAUUAACCAACAACAGUGUUUUACCUGAAUUUAAUUGUAUCUUUAUUAACUAUCCAUUGUUGCAGCAAUUUGACUUCAAUAACAAGCAAUCAACGGCUCUAUUUAUUAAAAUAGCGAUUCUUUUUUCACCAAAGAAUACCUUUUGCCUCCAUUUUUGUUUUGAUUCACACGCUUUUACACUUUUAGUCAUUUGUUUUUGCUUAACCUGUUAAUCGGUGAUUUUAGUUGUUGAUACAAAUCAAUUGUUAACAGGAUUGUUCAUUAAAUUGUAGUCUUGAGUCGUGAUGACAAUUGAAACCAACCCUGGAACCAAAGUUACCAAAAAUGGACCUUACAUCAACAAUAAUUCAAAUAUUGAUCAAAUGAAAAUGGUUCCUCAAAAUGGUGACCAACCAGCCAGUAAGGAGGAACCCGAACGUGGUCAAUGGGGUCGAGGGUUUGAAUUUUUACUUUCAUGUGUUUCCCUGUCUGUUGGACUCGGUAAUGUUUGGAGGUUUCCUUAUGUUGCUUAUACAAAUGGUGGAGGAGCAUUUCUGAUUCCAUAUUUAAUCUUGUUAUUUUUCAUUGGAAGACCUUUGUAUUAUAUGGAACUGGUUUUGGGUCAAUUUUCUGGUUGUGGUCCGAUCAAAGUGUGGAGAGUUGUUCCAGCAUUUAAAGGGAUUGGAUUUGCCCAAAUGACUAGUUGCUCCUAUGUAACUGUUUUUUACAAUUAUUUAAUGGCAUUAACGUUGUACUAUUUUUUUGCAUCCUUUGCAUCACCUUUACCUUGGACAGUUUGCGAUCCUAGUACUCAUUGGUCAGCCUCUCUAUGCAGCAAUUCAACCAUUUCUCAAAACAAUUCAUUUCUUCUUCCAGAAAAAUAUUUCAAUAAGGAAGUGUUGCAUCUUUCAAGCGGACUUGAAGAGAUAACUUGGUUUAAUUGGAGGAUUGCUGGCUGUCUCUUGCUUUCUUGGACUCUGGUAUUUCUUAGCUUGAUUAACGGUAUCCAAUCUUUGGGAAAGGUUGCCUAUUUCACGGCUAUUUUCCCUUAUGUGGUUCUCAUAGCUCUUUUAAUUGCUUCAUUAUUGGUUGAUGGAGCAGUUGAUGGUAUAAUUUAUUUUUUUAAACCUCAAUGGCAUCGUCUAUGGGAUCCUUUGGUCUGGUACAAUGCUGUACUUCAAUCCUUUUUCUCGCUCGGUGUUUGUGCUGGGGCACUUCUCAUGUAUUCAAGUUACAACAAUUUCCGUAAAGAUGUUUACAAAGAUGUAAUCAUUAUCAGUGUUUUAGACACUUUCACGAGUAUUUUAGCUGGUUGUGUGAUUUUCGCUGUUCUUGGAUCAAUGGCUAAAAGUCAAGGAGUUGAUGUUAGUGAAGUCGCUAAAUCUGAUGGAACUGGACUUGCAUUUAUUGCGUAUCCACAAGCUUUAGGACAGUUUACUUUUUGGCCUAACCUUUGGUCAAUAUCCUUUUUUGUGAUGCUUUUUACUCUUGGAAUUGGAAGCAGUGUAGCUCAAGUUGAAACAACAAUCACAUGUUUGAAAGAUCAAUCCAAAUUUUUGAUGAAACACAAAACAUGGACAGCAUUUGGAGUUUGUUUCAUCUACUUUCUAUUAGGGCUUCCUUUAGCUACUGAUGGUGGAAUGUACAUCAUGAAACUUCUGGAAGAGUUUGGUGUAGGAAUAAGUGCCUUUCUUUACGGUAUUCUGCAGGCUAUCGGAAUAACAUGGAUUUACGGUUAUCAAAGGUUUGCGAAUGACAUUAAAUUCAUGCUUGGAAGGCCAGUUAGCUUCUUUUGGCGAUUAACAUGGUCAAUACUAACACCAAUUCUAUUAGGGUGCAUCUUCCUCUAUGGCAAUUACAUGGCUGCUGUAACACAAAACCACUCGGAUCCACUCAGAAAAGGAAUCCCUGUUUGGGGUGAAUUAUUGGGUUGGACGUUAGCUGGAUUAGCGCUCAUUCAAAUUCCUCUUUGGAUGGUUAUAACCAUUUGUCAGCAAUCAGGAGAUAUGAAACAGAAAAUAAAGAACGCAUUCAGUCCGACCAGAAACUGGGGACCAAGAGAUCCAGUGCACUUCGAAGAAUGGUUAAAAUAUAAAAGUUCAUUGAAGCAACCCAAAAAUAGGAUUUGCCAAGUGAAUGCUGGUUUUGUCAUGGACAAUUACAGUACAAGCGAUAAACAAGUCUGAUUAACUAAACCAAUCGCCUCAUCGAAUCAUUCCUUGUAAAAAGAUAACUAAAAUUCAUCGCACAUUAACCAUCAUCUUAAUCAACUUGUCCUUUUAUUAUUUCCAUUAAGCAUUAUUCAACUCGAUUUCUUAUUGAAAUUUUUCGCCUCCUCAAAUGUUCCAAUAAUAUUAUUACUUGAAAAACUUGGAAAGUGCCAGUUUUAGCGUUAAAAUUCCUAUAAUUGUAACAAAUCUGUAAAAUGUUUACAAAACAAAAAUUGAAUAAUAAAUUAACAACAUUGAAACCAAUCAUCUUGA